UCCCUCGCCCCCCUCCCCCUCCCUCAAGCCGAGUUGCUCCCACCCCGGAGGGAACCCGAGCCCCACCCAUCCAUCUAUUCCACUUUCCUCUGCCCCGGUGGUCCCCCUGCCGCCGGUGUGUGCUUCUUAAUUGCUCGACCGCCCUUCCCGGCUUCACUUCGGCUGCUGAUACCCUUCCUUCUCGGUGAACCCCAUCUCAGGCCCUCGGAUCUUCCGUCCACCCUCUUCUCCUCUCCGCCCCUUCCCCCUUCCAUCGGAGCCAAGUCGCUCUUCUCGUCUCUUUACGCCUCCGCCUCGACAUGUCCCCCGGCGGAGGGCACCACCUCCAUCACCAUGGCAGUGGCCAUCAGGGCACGGCUGCCGGGCACUUGCAUGCCGGGCAUGAGUUCCCCGGCGCCAGUGGCCCGACUGCCCUGGCUGGGCCGCAGCAGGCAUCCGGCGGCCAGCAGGAUGCCCUGUCCUCCGGCCUGGCCCUACCGCAUGCCAUCUCGGCCCUGUCACAAGGGGCUUUGCCAGCCGGCCUGUCCUCCCAGCACCAGCCGCAGCUGAUUGCGCCCUUCAUGUCCGGCGGCCAGUCAACUCCGGCAGCCUACCACACGACCGGAUCCCUGCUCGACACUUCGCUUUCCAACAAUGGCCAGCACCUGGGCCACCACGGCUUGCCGCCACCAUCGCAUGGUGUCCUCCACCACCCAUCCGCACAGACCGGCGGCGGCCAUUUGCAACUGGGCCCCGGCGGCGUCGGCGGCGGGACCGGUCUUCACGGGCACCACUCAGUCCUCGGGUCCACCCUCGGGGCCAGUCUGUCACACCAUCCCCACCCGUCGACUCAGGCUGUGGGCCAUGCGCAUGUUGUCGGAUCGCCGGCCAGCGGCGACUCCCAGGCCAACCCCCUGCAUCAGGUCCUUGCCGGCGGGCAGUCACCCUUCGGCUUUACGUCAACUUUCCGCGGGAUGGUCCCCGGUCUUGAGGGGAUACCGAUGGCCCUGCACCAGAGCCCGAAUAAUGCAGCCGUCGCGGCCGCAAACGCAGCUGCCCAGGCCCAUCUCACCUCGCAUCUGAUCGGCGGAGACUCAUCUGUCUUUAACAGCCACCUGCUCCAAUAUCACGCGUCAACGCAGGCCGCCGCCGCCGCCGCCGCUGCCGCCGCCGCCGCCACCGCCAACUCCUCGGGCACCGGCACCCUUGGGUCUUUGGCCAGCCCGCAGCAGGCCGGCCUCGGGUCCACGCCGCAGCCCGGCACCCUGCCCCCUGGCCAACAAUCUCCGGCGCCUCAACAGCAACAACAGCAACAGCAACAACAACCGCAGCAGCAGCAGCAGCAGCAGCAGCAGCAGCAGCACCAUCCCGCCACAGCGGUCUUCUCCACACCCAUCUUCGCUCCCAGCUACUUUUCCCAACACCAGCAACCCGGGGCUCACAUGCAGGGAUCUCCGCUGGGCGGCGGUAUCAUGUCCCAGUCACCGCUGGGGCACCUGACCAGCAGCGCCGCCGGCAUGAGUCCCUCGGGACAGCAACAGCAGCAGCAGCAGCAGCAGCAGCAGCAGCAACAACAGCAACAGCAGCAACAACAGCAGCAGCAGCACUCCAUCGGGGCGGCAGCGGCUGCAGCGGCCGCGGCGGCGGCCGCCGCCGGUCUCUCGGCCUCCUCCUCCAGUGUCACAGUUAACAUUUCUCCCAGCCCUUCUUCCGGAGGCGGCGCCGGUGGCGGUGCGCCGGGGAUGUCACCCGCGGCGCUGACUCAUCGCAAGGUGGCGGCUCCUGUGGCCCCUCGUAAGGCGGCUGCCAGCGGGAAUGGCCUCGCCAGUGCCCCGGGCCUCUCCUCCUCCUCGACAGCAUCCUUGUCAUCCUCAGCAUCGACAACCCUCGCGCCGACCAGUGCCUCUUCCUCGGCGUCGCUCAACUCGGCCGCGGGCACAGCAGCAGCAGCAGCAGCAGCUACUGCUACCGGAGCAAGUGAGGCGUCCAAGCAGGCCGGCUCGGCCGGCGAGUCGGCCGAUGCCACCCGGCGUAAGGCCCCCCCCACCAACCGGCAAUUCCGUUGCACCCAUGCCGGUUGCGAGAAGACCUUCAUCCGCCAUGAGCACCUGACGCGGCACAUUCGCACGCACACCGGCGAGCGGCCACACGCAUGCACCUUCCCCAAUUGCCACAAGCGCUUCAGCCGGUGUGACGAAUUGACUCGGCACGUGCGCAUUCACCUGGAUUCGAGAUCGGACCUGGUCGGCGGUCUGGUGAAUGCGGCGGCGGCGGCGGCGGCCCUCGUGCAACAGCACCAGCCCCUGCGCGGGGCCGCUGCCAAUGGCGCCGGCAAGGGUGGCGCCAGCUCGGCGGCCGUGGCCGCCGCUGCUUCCAAGCUUUCCGGCGAUGCGCAGCAGCAAAUGCAGGCAUUGCAAAUGCAAUUGUCAAUGCACACGGGUGGCGGGUCACGCAGCGGGGCGGCUGCCUCCAAGCGCCGGCGAUCUGUCUCCUCGGCUGGUGGGGCCAACUCCGCCACCGAGGCCGACCGGUCGGGCUCCGCCUCGGAUGCCUUCCAAUCGGAUGACCCGUCCGCCGCCGGGCUUGACCGGCCGAAGAAGCGUCCUGCCCUGGUUCCGACUCGACCGGAAGGCAGCGACGCCAGCCUCACGUCCACCCUCCAUCCGCAGCUCCACCAGCAGCUCCACCAGCCGCAUCUCCACCACCCCAGUGUCCAUGACCAGCAGCAGCAGCAACUCCAUCAUGGGGGGCACCUCGCGGCGGGCCAUGCAUUUGGUAACCACCACCAUCAUCACAUGGGCCUCCCGAGCGCCGGCACCGUCCAGGAGGAUGAGGACUCCGUCAGUACACCGCCCUCUUCUUCCGGGCCGCGGUCUUCGAGCACGCCCACCCGCAAGCAUGUGUGCCCAUAUGGCGAUUGCAAGAAGAGCUUCUCGCGAACCGGGCACCUGACAAGGCAUCUACGCACGCACACCGGCGAGCGGCCGUACGUCUGCUCGGAGCCCGGCUGCAACAAGCAGUUCGGCCGCUCGGACACGCUGAAGGAGCACCAGCGGUCGCAUCUGCCACAGCGAGCCCUGACCGGGCUGAUGUUGGUGAACAGUGCCGCCGCGGCGGCCGCCGCCGUGGCUGUCGCCGCCAUCAACAACCCCACCGGGCCCGAUGGUCAACCCUUGUCCCUGGAUCCGGACUCCACCAAGGUUGAUCUGCAAACGCAACAGGACCAGCAGUACCAGCACCAUCAGCUCCUGCUGCAGCAGCAGCUGGCCCACAUUCAGAAAGAGCACCAGCUCCAGCGCCAAGAGCGCCAAUUCCGCGAGCGUGUCGCCGCGGCCAAAGGCUUUCCCGCGGAUCUGACGGCCGGCCUUGGCGGUGGUUCCAGCAUGGGGGACAUGUCCGACGAUAUGGCCACGGCCGCGGCUUUGCCACCAAAUUCGGCCGCCGCCUCGGUGGCUGUGGCGGCCAUUGCGGCAGCCGCGGCCGCGGCCGAGGCCGCCGGUGCCAUCACCGGAGACAGCGCCGAUGACAUCCACAGCCCCGGUGCCAAGGCCAUACUCUCGAAUCCGGCACUUGCAGCGGCUGCGGCGGCGGCUGCCACUCACAGCCCCGGCGCUGUCAUGGACCCGAAUGUCGGUUUCCUGCCGAUGGCCGCGCAGUAUGGCGGCAUCCGGGCCGGCGGCCCGGGGCCCGGGCCUCUCGGCAGCCUUGCCUCUCGGCCGCCCGGGGCCCAUCUUGCCCAUGCCGCCGGGGUCGGGCCAUUGCCUGGUGCUUCCUCCUCCGCAGGCGCCCAGGCCAAUCCCUACAAUGAGCCUGUCUUGUCGCUUUUUUACUCCCAGCAACAGCAGCAGCAACAACAGCAACAGCAGCAGCAACAGCAGCAACAGCAACAGCAACAGCAGCAGCAGCAGCAGCAGCAGCCGACCUCGGUACCGGCCGUCGCCAGGCCUUCCAGCACCAGCGCCAUGGGGAUGGAUCCCUCGCUGUUGAGCGGGUCGCGGCCAGCCGCCGCCGCCGCUGACGGCCGUGCCGGCAAGAUCAACCCGGCCGCCCCGUCUGGGUCGAUGUUUGAGCAUUUUGCCCAGGUGAUCUUGAACAGCGAGGCGGCGGCCGUGGCGGCGGCUUCUCAAUCUUCCGGGGACAGCUCGCCCACCUAUGAGGGCACCCCGCCGCCGAUGGGAUCGGGACGCAUGGCCCGCGGGGCGGCGGCGGGCCGGUCAUCGGGUCGCGGGGCGGCCGGCGGCCUUUCAACCAGUCCCAAGGGCCCCGGGGCACGCGCUGCGGCAUUGGCCCCAGGGCUUGGUGCCGGCAAGGCCAAGAUCAAUUCAGCCAAUGGCCUGAACGGCGGCGGGGCCUCCCCGCGCGGUGGCAGCAGCGCCGGCUCCGUCAUCACUAACAGCCCGGGUGCGUCGAAGCGCGCAUCGAAGACCGGGCCCGGUGCUCAGACCACUCCUUCUCCGCCGGCUGGCCUUACCAAUGGUGGUGGGGCCUCUUCCAAGAAGCCCGCCUCGGCCGGUCCGCGGGCCAUUACCCCGCCUCCCGGGCCGGGCACUCCUCGCAAGGCGCCCGGGGCAGGCUCCAGUCCGAAGGCCUCGGCUCGCCUGCCGCCGGCCAAGCAGUCAACCAAUGGUGGCAGCGCGUCCAUCUCUCCCGCGACGCCACUGUCGCCUAGGAAAACGCCGCCCCGUGCUGUCGCCACAACAACCCCAGUCCCUUUCGACACCACGGCUCCCUCCAUUGCCACUGCCGCCAACAGCACCCCCACCACUACCUCCAUCGAUCCCCGGGCCCUUUCCUCGCGGCCGCCUGGCGGCAAUAGCGGCAGUACGACACAGUCAGCCGGAAAAGUUGUCGGCCCUGUGUCAUUUGCCACCCGCCUGGCGGCCUCGGGCGGCACCCCUGCCGGCAGGGAUGCCUCUCCCCCUCUUUCCCCAUCCCGUUCCGCCUCCCUGCCAGGGGGAGCCCGCUCCUCUCACACGUCCUCCGUGGAUGCCGUCCUCCCGACGGCCCGCUGGGCCACCAAGCGCCCUGCCCGAUCCUCCGGCAGGUGAUAUCAGCUCCUUCUUCUGUCGAUCUCCAUCAUGGGAGUGUUCUCUGCUUGUGGUUUCUGUAUGCCCGCACACAGCGUGUGCCUGCAUAUACCUGUCCAGUAGUGGCCCUUCUCCCUCUCCCCUCACACUACAGUCCCCCCUCCCCCCCCCCUCUUGUACAACAACGACACGUGUCCCCUCUGCACUCGAUUCGC